UUAUUACGGCCAUUUACCGCUGAGAUUCUGCAUGUUUUGCCGAAAAUUAAUACAUUGGUCGCUUAGUUCAGCAUUUCAGGAAUGCAACCAACAUCAAUCAUGGCAGACUAUGGAGAUAGGAAGAUCAAAGAUGCACAGAUGAGAGCAAGUAUUAAUCAGAAACUGGUAGAGACUGGAGAGAAGGAGAGACUGAAGGAGCUCCUGAGGAAUAAGCUGAUAGAGUCUGGCUGGAGGGAUGAACUAAAAGCUCACUGCAAAGAGGUUGUGAGGAGAAAAGGACUUGAGCAUGUGACUGUAGAUGAUUUAGUAGCUGAAAUAACACCCAAAGGAAGAGAACUUGUACCCGAUGAGGUGAAGCGAGAAUUGCUUCAUCGGAUUCGAGCCUUUCUGGCCCAGCAAUCAAACAUCUGAUACUUCUGUGAGCGAGGUCUGUGAUGCGUGUCCAGCAAAUCUCUUGAUUGUUAUGCCAAAGACUGAAUAGCUCAUCACAAGUUAUGUUUCUGGCAACUCUCCUGAUAAGUGUGUCAAAGACUGCAUCAUCAUGGGGAUGUGUGUCCAAUUCCACCUUGAUUUCUCAUCAGUGAAUUCUCAAGUUAUCACCUCUACUAGAAUGUGUAGGAGGCAUCAAAGUACAAUUUUUGUUCAUUCAAAGGGUUAUUUAUUAUACUGUCAGCUCUAUUUAGUCAAAGUUGUUUCAGUUGAAUAAUUUACUUUCAAACAGUACAUUUAAAGUCCAUUUUUCCUAAUAGUUGUUUUUCCAUUUCAAACCUUUUAUUAGUUGAGUUUCAUCAAGUAUGUGUAUUUCUGUUCGAACUGACUAGAGCAAAAUUCACAGAAAAAUGAAAAAGGUCAACAGUAGAUGAAUUGCCCUUUGUUUGAAUGAUUCUGACACAUUUCUAAUCAGAUUGCUUGUGCUCUAGUUUCUAAACCUGAAUAUCGCUGACUGAUGUAUCAUUCAAAUAAGUCUAUUCUUUUUCAGUUCUAAGUAUUAAAUCAAAAAGGAAUUCCGAAGACUUUCAUCCAUUUCUAGUUGAGUAGUUCCUGAGGGGAAACACAACACACUUAAUGAUGCUGAGAAGCAAUCAUUUUUCUAUGGCUUUUUUUAUCUGGACCCUCUUCAUAUGCUGUGAAAGUUGAGAUUAGAAUGAGAAAUUCUGAAUGGUACUGGUAUUUCUCCAGGCUGGUAACAAAAUGAUAUAGAAACUGAAGAUACUUCAACUCUCUUUUGGGGCAACAUAAUGUCUAAAAAACUUCAAUAAAGUAUAUGCUUUGAGACGUUUUAUAUGAAAAAGUUCAUGAACUUUGAUUUGUUUUGUUUUUUGUGUGUCAUAUAAAGCAAAUUUCAUUAUUCAUAGUUUCUUUGAUUAAAUUUGCUCAGCAUCCUACAGAAUUUAGAAGAAUAUAAUGAAAGUGAAAAUUCAAGAUAUAUUACAUCAGUAAUGCAUGUGGUAGAAAUGUAAAGGUAUUUAAUUAACUGCAAAUUUAAUUGAUAUUGGUGUGUGUUCAAGAUUAAAGGUCACUAUCCCAGAAAUUUUUAUUUUUGUAAUAAAAAUUGAAAAUCAACAAGCAUGUUAGUAAAAUUUUUAUCAAAUUGUAUGUUGUAAGAAAGGAAAGUUACAAUGUUUUAAAGUAUCGCUGAAUUUCCCAAAAUAUGCAUAUACUGGUGAGGAUGGAAAUGGGACAACUAAUGUCAUCCACAAUUUUGUUUUUCAUUAAAUAAGAAAUAUGGAAUAUUGCAAUUUUCCUAAACAUAAUUAAUGUGAAAAAAUAUUAUUGCUCCGUGGAUAAGAGCCAUUGCCAUUGUUGCAAACUACGUCAUUCAAUAAAGAGCUUCUUUAUUGUCCGAAUUGCAAAAAUUGAAAUAUUCUAUCAUUGAUAUGAUACAAUACAAGGAAAUGGUGAGUGUAUGAAGUCAUCAACACUCAUUUGCGUAUCAUAUUCAUUAUACCUAUAGUUUUGUAAAAAUAAACAAAACUUGAAAAUUUUGUAUCUUUCUUAUGUUACAUUACAUCCAAUUUUGACAGAAUUUUCACAAUUAUUCUUGUUUGAUUUUUGAAAAUUUAUAUUCAAUCAACUUUUCGCCGGGAUGACCUAUGGAUGAAUUACACGUUGACAAGACCCUUGUGUUCAUCUGUGCAUGUGCUUUUGAAUACGUUUUAUUUUUGAUACAUUUUGUAUGUCUUGAAAUUUCCUUAAGUAGAAUUAAUUUUGAAUACUACAUGUUUAAAGCUAGCAUUCAUAAAUGUUGUAAAUUUCAUGCUUAUUUUUUCCUGUCUGAAUCUGUGCACAUUUUGAGACCUUUAUCAUGAUUACUUCAUUUAAGUUUUCAAGUUUUCUUUAUGUAGGUCUACAUAGACAUUCCAUUAAAGUUCCUGUGAAAUGCAAUAGGGUCAGUCCAAAACAGUAUAUUGAAUCAAAAUGCCCCCCCCCCUUCCAAAAAAAAAGAAUAGAGCCCUAAAAGCCCCCUAAAUAUAAAAAAAAUAUCUGAAAUCCACGGAACUUGGUACUUUAUUAAAACCAAAAUAUGCUUGGGCUUCUCUUUGCACUUUGAAUUCAGUUUGUUAAUGGUGGCAUUUCUUUUCUAAUAUUGGACUAUAAUAGAUAAACCCAUUAAUAUUUUUUCUACUUUGUAUGAAACAGCCAUGUUCAGUUCUUAAAAUUUUAUUCAUGGAAUGUUGUGACAUACCAUUCAGGUAAUUCUGAUAUAUUAGACCAAUGCUGGUCCUGGCCACCUUUUCUACAACCCAUUUGCUCUGAUGGAAAAAUAUUUCAGUCAACAGCACCCCAAAGAUUUAUUACAUUAUGACUGGGAAGAAACAGAUUUCAUUUGAGCAUGAAAUUAAAUCAGUCAUGCAAAAAGUGAAUUGUAUAGUGUACUUUCUUGCAGUAUUACAUAUUCAUGAGAUACCUGUAUGUGGUGUAUAUUGUAGAUGUCUCUCAAUUUUAUGAAGGCAGCCAUAUAUACUACAAAUGCUUUGUGUGUGAAUUCUAAGAGUAUUCAGAAUUGACUUAUAUAAUUUAGACUCCCUUUCCUUUAUAUAAAAAAAAAAUGCAGGAGUAAAGAAAAAAACUGUUGUGUUGGUUCAGUACAAAAUCUGGUUUGUCACGUGCCAAAAGUCACACAAAAUUCUUUGUUUUUAAUAAGACCAAUCAGAAACUUGAGUCUGCUGCUACAUAAAUAGAUAACUUGUUAUCUUAGAGAUCCAUUUUGGUCUUUUUGCAUUAUCUGAGAGAGAUCUUGUAUUUCUGUUGCCUUACUUUGUAAAAAUGUAUAUAUGUAUUUUUUUUGCAAUGUGUGUAAUAAAUCUGUAAUCUCUGUUCAA